UAAGAUGGAUCCUGAAAUCUUGGCUUCAACCCCAAUUAGGUUUGUAAGAGUAUGAAUGUUAUCACAGUAUAUUCAGUAUAUACAAUGUAUCUUCAUUCCAAAAUGUAAUCCUUGUCUCUAUUCGAUCACAGAUUUUUCACUCAUUCACUUUCAGGAUUGUGUUCCUUACCUGGAAUUACUUCAUAGCUUGACAUGGCAUUCUUCAAGAAUAAUAUGCUUCCUGCUUGCAAUUGGAUUGUUUUGCAUUUUUUUUUGUUUAUGGAUUAUGGAUUGACGGACAGAAUAAGUGCCAGCGAUUUCAGGCUUGGCUUCCAAACUUGCUUGAGGGGUUGCUGACCAUCCAAUUGAGUUUGGUGGGAUUUCUUGAGUUCUUAGCUGGUUUUGGGACUCAUCAAUAUUCUUUGAUGCUUGAGGGGUUGCUGGUUUUGGUUUCUUGAGUUCUUAGCUGGUUAUCAUGUUCUCUUUGUGCAAUGUAACAACAUUAGCAUAUUAAUGGGAAGAGCGCCACCUGAGUUUCCUUGCCUAACAGAUAUGGACCCAGACAGAAUCAGUUACUUACCGGGUCAUGUAAUAGACCAAAUUUUGUCACAUUUGUCAAUUAAGGAAGCAGUGAAAACAAGUGUUUUAUCUAGCAAAUGGAGGUACAAAUGGGCCACGCUACCGAAUCUUGUGUUUGAUAACCAAUUUGUCUCUGCGGCUGUUCAGGACCAUAUGAUUGUAAAGAACAAGCUUUUGAGAACUGUUGAUCAUGUACUGCUACUUCAUUCUGGGCCAAUCAACAAGUUCAAACUCUCCCAUCGUGAUCUCCUUGGUGUGACUGAUAUUGAUCGUUGGACGCUUCAUGUAUCCAGAAAGGCUGUUAAAGAGUUUGUGCUGGAAAUCUGGAAAGGACAGCGGUAUAAGAUACACUCGUGUUUAUAUUGUUGUCAAAGUUUGACUCAUUUAGAAUUGUUUAAUUGUUGGCUUAAACCUCCAUCUACAUUUAAAGGCUUCAAGAACUUAACGAGUCUUGAUCUGCAACAUGUUACCUUGGCUCAGGAUGCUUUUGAAAACUUGAUAUCCAGCUGCCCAGUGCUUGAACGGCUGACAUUGAUGAACUUUGAUGGUUUCACUCAUCUUAAUAUUGAUACACCGAAUCUCCUGUUUUUUGACAUUGGGGGUAAAUUCGAAGAUAUUAGCUUUGAGAAUACUUUCCAAUUAGCUGUGGUAUCAAUUGGUUUGUAUGUGAACUUUGAAAUCAAUCAAAGUAGACUUCGUGGAGGCUAUAGCAAUUUGCUCAAAUUUUUUGUUAAUCUGCCGCACCUGCAAAGGCUAGAGAUUCAGAGCUAUUUUUUAAAGUAUUUGGCAGCGGGGAUUGUGCCAAUAAAUCUUCCAAGACCGUGCAUUGAUCUAAGUUAUCUUUCUAUACGAAUAAACUUAAAUGAUUUGAAGGAAAUCUCAGCUGCUCUUUGCCUCCUAAGAAGCUCCCCUAAUCUACAAGAACUAGAAAUAUUGGCUCGACAGGAGGAGCAGACUCUUACGAUAACGCACAACUAUUGUUGGGAAGAUGUGUUUUUUUCUUGUCCAGAGAUGCAUAUGAGAAAUGUGAAGAUAGAUGGCAUAUCUGGAAUCAAACCUGAAUUGGAUUUUAUCAGCUUUCUACUUCUACACUGUCCUGUGUUGGAAAGGAUGACUGUGAUUCCUGUUUCAAACAUGGGAACAGAACUGAUGAAACAACUGUUGCGGUGUAGGAGAGCCUCAAGACAAGCUGAAAUCAUUUACCUCGACCCUUAGAGUGCCUUCAGAAACAAGUUUUACACCAAUGUGGAAAGAACUCUGAAGCUAAAACUGGUAGUAUUACUUUUCUUGGAAGAAGCUACUGUGUUGCAUCAAUGAAUCUGUCAUUACAGUUGAAAAGCUAUUUUUUUAUGCCAAUGAGCACCAAUAUGUAAAUUUGGUAAAAAGAAGCAAUUAUGUACAUUCUCAAGCUGUAAUGGCCAACAUAUUUGUGGCUAAAAACUUUCAGAAUGAGUUUUCCAGAUUCUGAUCCUCUGGGAUCUUAUUAAAUAAAUAGGGAGUAUGGAUUUUUUU